CGAAUCUUCAGACUGUGACAGAGUGAAGGAAUGAGGAAGUGGGCAGCGGUUGUUGUGGUUAGCUAGCUUCUGUAGCUACGGAAGUCUAAAAAAAUUACCUAUGCUCUUUGUACCGUCAUCUUUCAUCCUGUAUUUAGUUUCCUUUUUAUGUAGUUUCUCGUUUUCACUGCCUUUCUGGAUUCCCAUCUAAGUCAUUCCGUGGACCCUCCCAUCCAGGGUGACUAACUGUGGUGGGUGGCUCAGGGUGCAAUCAUCUGUCACCACAGCAGUGUUGAGGACAUGGAGGUGUCAGGCUACCAGUCCAAGCUCCUCUGUGAGCUCAAUGAACAGCGAAAGAGGGACUUCUUCUGUGACUGCAGCAUAGUGGUCGAGGGGAGGGUUUUCAAGGCCCAUCGCAAUGUCCUAUUCGCCGGCAGUGGCUACUUCCGCGCCCUGUUGGUUCACUAUCUGCAGGACAGUGGUCAGCGCCACAGCACGGCUUCUCUGGACAUCGUGACGUCCGAGGCCUUCUCCGCCAUCCUGGACUUCCUGUAUUCUGGCCGCCUGGACCUGCGCAGUGACAAUGUCAUCGAGGUGAUGUCAGCGGCCAGCUACCUCCAGAUGACCGACGUGGUGGCCUUUUGUAAAGGCUACAUUCGCUCCUCUCUGGAGAUCUGCAAUAGAGAGAAAGAGAGGGAGAGAGACAAGGAGAGAGACCGUGAGCGGGAUAGUGAGGGGCCGGCUGAUAGCGUGACCCCUGCCUUGCCCCCCCCCUCCUCCAGUGACUGUGUCGUGGUGUCCGUUCCAUCGCUGUCCCUAGAGCGAGACCGGGCUUCAAACGGAGCUUCAAACGGAGCUUCAGACGUUCCCCCUUCUGGUGUGGCAGACCCUCUGUCUUUGGCCACCCCCAUCCCCAGACUCCCCACGCCCCCAGGACUCCCCACGCCCCCCGGGCCCAGCAGAGACUCUGAGAGUGACUGCAGCUCUCGCGGGGAGUUCCCAUCUCAUAGUGGGGGCCAGACCCCCCACGGACACGGUAACCAAUCAAACCCCUCCUCCUCCUCGACCUCCGGGUUGACCAUGGAGCUGGUGCACCCCAAGAUCGAGUAUGACCCUGAUGAUGAGCCAGAAGAGGGGUCCCCCGAUACCAAAGACCUGGCGUUGUUCAUGGGACCCCCCCUUCACCACCACCACCACCACCCAGACCACCACAACCACCACGACAGGCUUCCAUCCUCCAGCCCUUCGCCCAGCAGCGAGCGUUCCUCUUUGGGCUUCGGGGGAUGCCAUGCCAGGCAGUUCAUGGAUGUGUUGUUACGAGCCAGCUCCAGUCCCCACAGGGACAGAGGGGAGCACAGCCAGAUGUUUGCCCAGGGAUUGGGCCUGGGAGUUGGGGGAGGCAGGGUGGACGAGGGUCUGGGGAUGGGAGGAUCCUCCAUUAUGGAGAUUCAGAGUGACUGGUAUGGAGAGGACACAGGCGAUGGGUUGUUGGUACCGGUGAAGCUCCAUAAGUGUCCGUUCUGCCCGUACACGGCCAAACAGAAGGGCAUUCUGAAAAGACACAUCCGCUGUCACACUGGGGAGAGGCCUUUCCCCUGUCAGACCUGUGGAAAGAGGUUCACGCGGCAGGAACACCUCCGCAGCCAUUCGCUCAGUGUGCAUCGCUCCAGCUGGCCUGUGGUGUGUAAGGGGUGUCGACGCAGUUUCACUGGAGCCCUCUCCCACGGACUGAAACGAUUUGGCCUCUGUGACAACUGUACGUGUGUCACUACCACAGGCCACGACAACUCACCCCCUGCACACAUCAACCUCAACGGCCAACCAGAGCCCAUGGAACGCGGGGAUGGAGACAGCGAUUGGCCCAGCUUCAUGGAUGAAGGGGAUGAGCUGGAUGGUGGAGGCGGGGUUACAGAGGAACUAGGUGAUAAAGCAGACCUACACAGACGACUGGCAGAGAUCCCAUCCACAGCGGACAUGAAGGACAGGAGACAGGAAAAGGAGGAAUUCAACUUCCGGACACAGUAUUAGACCUGUCUGGUGCUUACUGUUUAAGAAAAGGGAUGAAUCCAAGGUGGAGAUGAGUUCCAGGACUAAUUGGUCUUGGCUAUUAUUUUGGACCAAAGAACUUGAGUCGCAUUAAACAAUGAGGACAGAAACCAAACUUGAGUGGACCCUGGUUCAGGUUUUAAUGUUAGUGUAUUCUCUAGCAGAAAGAUGUCUUUUGUGGUGUACUUGCUUACAAUGUUUAAAAACACAAUUAUGUUUGGAGUAAACAGUUUGCGUUACAAAACGCGUUUCAACCUAAAACACUUUGUAAUGGAAUCCUAAUAAAUACACGUAGGGUGUU